GUAUUGCAGUAUUCGCAAAGAGUGUAAAAUUUUAACUAAAAGUUAAUCUUCAGAAAAUUUUCCCCCUUUUGCAUAUUUGGGCAUUAUUGAAAAAUGAGCUCACUCGAUGUUGAGGAAUUGUUGCAACAACUAAAGCGCAGCGAAACCGCAGAUCAGUACUCUGCAGCAGCAUUGAUUAGUUUUAUGGAGAAGAUGUACUUUGUUUCGGUAUCAAAGGCUGCAUACUUCGUUUUGGGUAUUUCCUUAGUUGCAAUAUUUAGCAUCUCAUGCGUUGCACUUACGCGAAAACUGCACAUGCGCAUUCAGGGGGGUUUGGAAAAAGCGAAGGCAGGGAUCCUAACUACUUACUUUACUGCAAGGAUGUUUACUCUUUUAAUAGAUGUAUGGAUCAUCCUCAUUGCGCUCAGCACGGUCUUUUCUCUCAUGAAGAUGGCUGCAAUAAGAAUGAAUUUAAGCAACAAGAGUCAUCCCUUGCCAAAGGAAUUAUGUGAGUGGCUGACGGCGAUCCCUAUUUUACUCUUUAUCCCCAAGUUUCUGGGCGCUUUCACUGUAUGGCUCUAUGUAAUCCUGCUGGGUGGUUUUCUUGAAAUAGGUGUUGCAUCAUCAUUAUUAGUAUGCUUCCCUGCUUUCUACGAAUCCCUUUGCUUAACUGGAAAAGAACCGGACAAAAUGGCGCUGUGGGUCACACACAGUGUUUUCUUUUUAAGCGUGUUUGUGGCGUACUGUAUGUGCGCCCCGUGGCUAAUGAGAGAAUUCCGCUACUCCGUGCACCAAAUCCAAGGGUACACGCCGCAUUUGUCAUAUUACAAUCGCCAAGAAUAUAAAGAAUUAAAAAAAUAUAAACAAGUAGUAUCCAAAAAGAAUGAAUAAAUUUUUUUUUUGAAAA